AUGCUAAAACUGGGGUUGCGGCUCCAGGGAGCAGAAGUAUCUCUUUACAUUUUUACUCUGUAUACGCCGUACCACGAGACAGCACCAAAACUUGGAAAUACACCAAACCAUCGACAUGCCUUGGUCAAUUGGAGUGAUAGUGCUGGUGUAGCCCUCGAUAUCCCCCGCCCAAUUCCUGAAUCGCUGGCAAGGCAGGGCGUGUGUGGCUUCCAAGUUUCCUACUCCUCAGCGGAGGAGCCAGGAUGUGGGUUCGCGACAAAGCGCUCAUAUCUGAUCGCGCACUUCACUUCCUCAAGCACUCCAGCACAAAACGACAAAUGGUGUGCGUGCACCUAUGUCUCAGGUGUGUAG